GACAAGUAUACGGCCCCUUUCAGCGGGUUACAUAUUAUGAAGAGGUGCAAUUAUUAUAGCACAUUUUUUAAAUUUAUAAAGAUUACAUUUACAUUAAGUAUACCACGGUGUAUGACAUGAACUUAACUGUUUGAUGUUAUUGUUAUUUAUUGUGUUAUAAUCAUCGAAUUAAAAAUGGCAGCUACAAGACAUACUUUGCAGAGAGAAAUUUUCACUCUAAGCGAUGAAAAAAUUAUUAGUAUCUGUAGAGUUAGUAAAGCUUAUAAAAAGAAGAAAACUAGCUUUCUAUGUUUAGUUUCAUCACUGGAUUCUCCAGAAACUUAUACUAUCUACCAAGUUAAAAGCAGCAAUGACAAAAGUGGAUUCAAGAAGAAGCAAUCCUGGCUUUUAUCUGAUGUUCAAACUGUUGAUGGUGUUAGUCUAGAUUCAAUGGAUUUGGAAUUGCAUAUUGAUAAAAUUUACAAAUGGUCAACUACCAAUGCACAGGAAAGAAAAAAUUUUAUAAUAAAUCUCUACACAUUCUCAUUUGGUUUACCACAGAGGCCAGAAUUCAAAAAUAUACCAAAAGAGUGGAUGAAUAUUGAACCAUCAAUUGUUAUUCCUAAUGAUGUUAUUGUUAAAGAGUAUACCAAUGGCAAUGAUUUUUUACAAUCUCCUAUAGCUAUACCUGAAUACCAACCAAUUACUGAUAAAGAAACAAAUGAUUUAGCAUCUUUAAUGGAAAAUUGUUACUAUGCAGUUUCUAAUGCAGAGCUUUUUAUGGAAACAUUGUCAAAAGAUCUAUCAGUACUUGAUGGUGAAAAUAUUCAAUCAGUAUUAGCAUCUGAACCACAAGUGACACAAUUAAUGAAUGGUAUAGAGGCAGCAAUUGGUGAAGCAUCUAAAGUUGAAGCACAGCUUACUGUAUAUGAUGAAGCACUUGGAAGAAUUAGAGAAGCUAUGGAACGAGUUGGUCAGAAAAAUCAAGCAAUUCAUGUUGCUAAUCAUAAUGCAAGAUUAUUGUUAGAGCAAUUAGAUAUAGUAAUUACACAGCUUUCAAUAUUUCCUGAACAUCAAAAAAUUUUAAAUGAAGCUGAACUUCCUGAAUACAAAGAUGAACUGGCAAUUGCUGGAGCUCAUUUGCUGAAGGCGAUUUCAUAUCCUUUGCCAUUGGGUUUAGACAAAUUGAGUGCUGUAGCAGAACAGAGAAAGAAACUGGAUAAACUGAAAGCUAAAUUUUCUUUGAUUGUCGCUCGUCAUCUUAAUAAUCUAUUUAUACAUCUGGGAAAUGACAUAAGCGAAAUAGUUGCUCAAUCUAAUACUCAACAAUCAACGCCCUCUUCGAAAAAUUCUGCUAAUGAUUUAAAACUAUUCAUGCAUCAAAGUAUUCAAAAAGAAUUGGACCCAUACACAGACUUAAUGAGACUUUUAAGAGCAUUGGAUUAUAAAGCUUUUACCCAAUUAACAAAAGUGUAUACAAAAACUAUGGGUACUUUAUAUCAAAGAAACUUUAAAAUUUUCUUUGAAGAAGCUAAGGACUGUCUUAUUGCAAAACGAUUUCAGCAUCAUCAAUACCAUUCCCAUUUAAUGGGAAAAUCUGGUGGCAGCUCAACACCUAAAAGUGAUGCUGAUGCAUUUAUAGCCACAACUCAACCACCUAUUUGUCUUCUUGGAAAUGAAACUUGGGCACCACAGGGAGAAGGAGCUUUAUUAGACUCUGUACUAGAUAGUGUAUUAUCUCAAUUACAGCCUGUCUGUUUAGCUGAGCAAGCUUUUUGCGUCUCUUUUCUCCAUCUUGACUCAGCAAUAUCUUCACAAAUAAACAUAAGUAAUCAAUUGAACAAAGAAGAAUGCGGUAGUGUUAGCAGUGGUAACAGUGGGUCUGAUGAUACCAAUCAUCUUUCUACUGCUAGUCCUAGUUCAACUAAUAUUAAUGAAACUUCCAAAUUGGAGCGUCAAGUCAAUGAACAAGUUAGAACGAUAAUGGCAGCAAUAUUUCCAUCUUUAGAAAUGGAAUUAAAUAGUUUGAUCAAUUUCCUUGAGAAGAUUGACAGUUUUUGGUGCAUGUACACUUUGGUCCGUCUAUCUCAGCACGUUAUGUCAGCUCAGGACACUGGGUCAUUUCUCUCCAUGACUUUUGGUUCAGCUCUUGUUCAAGCUAAAAGAGCAUUUGAUAAAUUUAUGCAAAUGCAACAGCAAUCUAUAUUGGAUACGAAAGUUAAUAGAAAAACUAAAUGCGGAAUUUUGUCAUACGUCGAACACUUUGGACCUUUUGCCAGAACUGCAGAAAAUAUUUUUAAAAAUUCCGAUAGAAAAGUAGAUUUGGAAAAAUGGUAUACAAAACUAAUUUAUACAAUGUUUGAAGCUAUCAUUACGCAUAGUACAGAGCAUCACAAAACUCCUGCAGAAGUCGUUAAAAUGGAAAAUUUUCAUCACUUGCAUGAUCUUCUAUCGCAACUAAAGAUAUCAGUUUUAGACCAUGAACGUAAAGAAGCUAAACAAAAAUAUCAAGAAGCGUUAAAAGCUUAUGUUACUCGGUAUUUUGGAAGACCUUUAGAAAAAUUAAACUUCUUUUUUGACGGCGUUCAAGCAAAAGUGGGAGCUGGUGUUAAGGAAUCAGAGAUAAGCUAUCAAAUGGCUUUCAGUAGACAAGAGCUUAGAAGAGUAGUGAAGGAGUAUCCAGCGAGAGAAGUGAAAAAAGGUCUCGAAAAUCUGUACAGAAAAGUUGAAAAACAUUUAUGUGAGGAAGAAAACUUAUUGCAGGUCGUCUGGCGAGAAAUGCAAGGAGAGUUUAUUGCUCAGUAUAAACACAUAGAAGAAUUGAUUCAACGUUGUUAUCCUGAUAGUAAUGUAACAUUAGAAUUUACUAUUCAAAAUAUUUUAGAAUUCUUUUCGGAAAUCGCGCAAUCACAUUAAUAUUUCAUAUUGAUAUUUUUGUCAGAAUUAAAAUUCAAGCAUUAUAUUGUCAAGAAUGUUAUCAAUUUAUGUUUAUUUAUUUUUUAACAAGAUAAUGUGCAUGACUAAAAAUUGAAUGAUUAUUUAACUACAAAUUAAUUAAGUUGGUAAUUAACUUAACUUUAAUUUAUAUUUAAUCUUACGAAG